CGAUCCAACACGAAGUCCUCCUGUUUCUCCGAAUGCCGUCUUUCUAAAACUCUUUCAAGUCGUAUUUUGGAAACAUUAACUUGACUCCAUACUUGUUUUUUAGGAAUAAGAGCCGAGAAGAAACCGGAAGUAGUAGUGUCCAAACGUCCAAAACCGCAAUCGCUUAUUGGAAGCUACUCUCCCUGAUCGGGAGUUAGCUAGCCAAGGGGGAUAAAAGGAGGAAAAAAGGGGAUCAUCAUCGCUUAAAUUUCCAGUGGAGGACGCCAAGCGUUCGUGUGAUAAAGCACGUUCUGGGACGUAAGGAACAUGGCCAGACGUGGCGAGGACGAGAGUGUCAGCAACAGCGGCGGAGAAUCGAGUAACUCCGAUGACGAAUCCGUCUCCGGCUCGGCCUCCAGUUCGACCUCCUCCAGCAGCAGCAGUGGCAGCAGCAGUAGCAGCCGGUCGGGUGGCAGCGACUCGGGAAGCGGCGCUGACUCAGCGAGCCAUUCGGAUUCUGACUCCGGAAUGUCUAAGAAGAAGGUGGAGCCCCCGAACAAGUCGAACAUCGACGGAGCGGAGUUCUGGAAAUCUAACCCAAGCAUUUUGGCGGUGCAGAGGUCGGCCAUGCUAAGGAAGCAGCAGCAGCUCCAACAGCGGCGACAGAGCUCUUCAAAUAGCGCAUCCGACGAGGACUCGUCGAGCAGUGAUGAGUCCGACUCUUCGAGCGGAUCCAGAAGAAGAAGGAGGAGAAGAAACUCUGGCUCCUCUGUGUCCGGGACCGGAUCCGAUUCUGGGAGUGGCUCUGAUUCGGAUUCUGCUUCAGCGGGGGACAACAGUGAUGAGACGGCAUCAGACUACGAGCCCAGCCAUAAAGUCCGGAGCAGAAAGCCCCCUGCAAAGGUGAAUGCGCAAACGAGAAAUAAAAGCGGUGCCCAGAGGAAGAAACCCCAGGCGGGUUCAUCGUCGUCAUCAUCCUUCGACGACACUGCCAACGGCCACGGCAAAGUGGUGUCGGCGGGGCCGCGGCGGCAGGCCACCGUCAAUGUCAGCUACAAGGAGGACGAGGAAUUGCGGACAGACUCGGAUGACCUUGUGGAAGUGCCAGGCGAAGAUGUGCCACCGCCCGAGGAGGACGAGUUCGAGACCCUCGAAAGGGUGAUGGAGAGCAGAACAGGGAGAAAAGGAGCUACGGGAGGUACCACCACGGUGUACACCAUUGAGGCGGACGGGGACCCAAAUGGUGACUUCGACGCUGCCACUGAGGUCGGCGAGACGCAGUACCUGAUCAAAUGGAAAAACUGGUCGCACAUCCAUAAUACCUGGGAGACAGAGGAGAGCCUCAAACAGCAGAACGUCAAGGGCAUGAAGAAGCUGGACAACUUCAAGAAAAAGGAGCAGGAGAAAAAGAAAUGGUUGAAGUCAGCAUCGCCGGAGGACGUCGAGUAUUUGAACUGUCAGGAGGAGCUCAUGGAUGACUUGCACUCGCAGUAUCAGGUCGUCGAGCGGAUCAUCGGGCACUCAAACCAGAAGUCGGCUGCUGGCUACCCGGACUACCUGUGCAAGUGGCUGGGCCUGCCAUACUCGGAGUGCAGCUGGGAGGACGGCGCGCUCAUUGCCCGGAAGUUCCAGCGGUGCAUUGACGACUACGUGAGCCGAAACCAGUCCAAGACCAUCCCGUCCAGAGACUGCAAGGUGCUGAAGCAGAGGCCUCGGUUUGUGCCAAUGAAGAAGCCGCCAUCCUAUGCGGGGGGCGAUGGGCUCGAGCUCCGGGACUACCAGAUGGACAGCUUGAACUGGAUGGCUCACUCGUGGUGCAAGGGUAACAGCUGCAUCCUCGCUGAUGAAAUGGGCCUGGGCAAGACCAUCCAGACCAUCUGCUUCCUUAACUACCUCUUCCACGAGCACCAGCUAUACGGGCCUUUUCUGCUUGUUGUGCCACUGUCCACACUCACUUCCUGGCAAAGGGAGAUCCAGCUGUGGGCACCGCGGAUUAACGUGGUGGUUUACCUCGGCGAUGUCAGCAGCAGGAACAUGAUCCGAAUGCACGAGUGGAUGCACGUCCAGAAUAAGAGGCUGAAGUUCAAUGUCCUCCUCACAACGUAUGAAAUCCUCCUCAAGGAUAAGUCGUUCCUGGGGGCCGUAAACUGGGCGUUCAUUGGCGUGGAUGAGGCGCACCGCCUGAAAAACGAUGACUCCCUUCUCUACAAGACCAUGAUUGACUUCAAGUCCAACCACCGGCUGCUCAUCACGGGAACCCCGCUGCAGAACUCGCUGAAGGAGCUCUGGUCCCUGUUGCAUUUCAUCAUGGCUGAGAAGUUCCACUCUUGGGAGCUGUUCGAAGAGGAGCAUGGCAAGGGCCGGGACUCAGGCUACACCAGCCUGCACAAGGAGCUGGAGCCGUUCCUGCUGCGCCGGGUCAAGAAGGAUGUGGAGAAGUCGCUCCCAGCCAAAGUGGAGCAGAUCCUUCGGGUGGAGAUGAGCGCUAUCCAGAAGCAGUACUACAAGUGGAUCCUGACUAGGAACUACAAGGCGCUGAGCAAAGGUGCCAAGGGCAGCACGUCGGGCUUCCUCAAUGUAAUGAUGGAGCUGAAGAAGUGCUGCAACCAUUGCUACCUCGUCAAGCCACCCGAGGAUGGCGAGUUCCAUAGCAGGGCUGAUGCCUUACAGCACUUGAUCCGCAGCAGCGGGAAGCUGGUCCUGCUUGACAAACUGCUGGUGCGGCUAAAGGAGCGUGGCCACCGUGUCCUCAUUUUUUCCCAGAUGGUCCGGAUGCUGGACAUCCUGGCCGACUACCUCCGGAGCCGGCAGUUCCUCUUCCAGAGAUUAGACGGCUCCAUCAAGGGGGAGAUGAGGAAGCAGGCGCUGGAUCACUUCAAUGCCGAAGGCUCUGAGGAUUUCUGCUUCCUGUUGUCGACGCGCGCCGGAGGCCUCGGUAUCAACCUGGCAUCGGCGGACACGGUGGUCAUCUUUGACUCGGAUUGGAACCCCCAGAACGACCUACAGGCUCAGGCCCGAGCCCACCGCAUUGGCCAGAAGAGACAGGUGAACAUCUACCGUCUGGUGACGAAAGGCUCAGUGGAGGAAGACAUCAUUGAGAGGGCAAAGAAGAAGAUGGUUCUAGACCACCUGGUCAUUCAAAGGAUGGAUACUACAGGGAAGACUGUACUCCACACUGGUGCGGCUCCCUCAAGUUCUACUCCAUUCAACAAAGAGGAAUUGUCUGCUAUUCUGAAGUUUGGUGCUGAGGAGCUUUUCAAAGAGCCAGAGGGCGAGGAACAGGAACCUCAGGAAAUGGAUAUUGACGAGAUCCUUAAAAGAGCAGAGACCAAAGAGAAUGACCCUGGACCAUCCACAGUGGGGGAAGAGCUGCUGUCUCAGUUCAAGGUGGCCAAUUUCUCCAUGUUGGAGGAUGAGGAAAUUGAUAUAGACUCUGAGCGCAGUCAACGUAGUUGGGAGGACAUCAUCCCAGAAGAACAGAGGAGGAGAUUGGAGGAGGAGGAAAGGCAGAAGGAGCUGGUGGAGAUCUACAUGCUACCACGAAUGAGAAAUUGUGCCAAACAGAUCAGCUUUAAUGGCAAUGAGAGCAGAUGUAGCAGAAACAGACGGUACUCUGGCUCUGACAGUGACUCGACUUCAGAUCGGAAGAGGCCAAAAAAAAGAGGACGGCCACGAACUAUUCCACGAGAAAACAUCAAGGGCUUCAGUGAUGCUGAGAUACGAAGAUUUGUUAAAAGUUACAAAAAGUUUGGUGGACCACUUGAAAGGCUGGACGCAAUUGCUCGCGAUGCUGAGCUUGUAGAUAAGUCUGAACAUGACCUGAAGCGCUUAGCAGAGACUGUUCACAACGGCUGUGUAAGAACCCUCCAGGAGAACCCCUGUGGACUAGAGAAGACCUCAGGAGGCAGAAGAGGAAAGAUGAAGGGUCCAACUUUCAGGAUAUCUGGUGUUCAAGUAAAUGCCAAGCUUGUUAUCUCUCAUGAAGAAGAGUUGGCACCCCUCCACAAGGCAAUUCCUGCUGACCCGGAAGAGAGGAAGAAGUACAUGAUUCCGUGCCACUCAAAAGCAGCACACUUUGACAUUGAGUGGGGGAAGGAGGAUGACUCCAGUCUCCUCAUAGGCAUCUAUGAGUAUGGGUACGGCAGCUGGGAGAUGAUCAAGAUGGACCCAGAUCUCAACCUUACGCACAAGCUUUUACCAGAUGACCCUGACAAAAAACCACAGGCCAAACAGCUGCAGACAAGAGCAGACUACCUCAUCAAAUUACUAAGCAAGGAUCUGGCCAAAAAGGAAGCACAGAGACAAGCAGGGGUGGGCAAUUCACGGAAGAGGAAACCAAGGAGCAAAAAGAACAAAGCUGCGAAGCCAAACAAGAUGGAUGCAGUGAUAAAGGGUCCAUCUUCAGAUCCACCCUCAGACAAGAGGUCAGAGGAGGAGGACAUUGAGGAGAUUGAGGAAGAAAAGGAGGUGGCACCAGUGAAGCUGCCACCCAGAAGAGCCAGAACAGACAGAGCAAUGCUGAAGGAGGACGAGGAGCCCAGUCCGGACGUGCCGCUGUUAAUACCAGAGGACAGAGAAGUCAAAGAAAGGGAAAUCAAGAAAGAGUGCAAAAAGGAAAAAAAAGAGGAAAGUAGAGAUGUAAAAGAGAAAAAGGAACCAAAAGAGAAGAAAGACGUGAAGCCUCUUGAGCCAUUUCAUAAAGAAGAGGACGUCAUUGAUCAACAGGUUGAAGCGAAGGCCGAGGUACGAGAAAAAACAAAGAAACUCUCAGACUCCGCACUCCAUACGACAACAGGUGGAGAGAAUAUGCCCAUCUCUGAGGAUCUGGAAGAACUCGACCAGAAGACCUUCAGUGUGUGUAAAGAGAGGAUGCGACCUGUAAAGGCAGCUCUGAAGCAGCUGGACAGGCCGGAAAAGGGCCUGUCAGAGCGACAGCAGUUGGAGCACACAAGACAGUGUCUGAUUAAGAUUGGUGACCACAUCACUGAGUGUCUAAAAGAGUAUUCAAACCCUGAGCAGAUCAAACAGUGGAGAAAAAACUUGUGGAUAUUUGUUUCCAAAUUCACUGAAUUUGAUGCCAGGAAAUUGCAUAAAUUGUAUAAGCAUGCAAUCAAGAAAAGACAAGAGAGUGCCCUGACAGGGGACCAGGACACUAGCACUGUAAAUACUCAUGGCUUUAAACAUGCAGACGUUGAUAGGCUAAAGGACAACUCCCACCACGACGACAGCAGCAGGGAUAGCUACAGCUCAGACAGGCACCUGCCACCGGCCCGAUACCAGGAGCGCAGCAGCAGUAAGGACCAGGAGCGCAGCAGCAGUAAGGACCGACACACCUCUGACCCCCACAGGAAGACAGGGGGCGCUGGAGGAGACUCCAGGAAAAGAUCCUAUACCUCCUUCAGCAAUGGCAAAGACCACAGAGACAGAGACCACUAUAGGCCGGACAGCAGAGACCGACAGGAUAGAUACUACAGUGAUGUCAAGCACAGGAAGCUGGAUGAGCACCGCUCCAGCAGAGACUAUCGGUCGGAAAGAGACGGCAAGGAUCACUCCCAUUCUGACCACUGCUCAAGCUCCGAGUACCACAAGUCAGCCUCGCGUGACUCCUACCGCUUUCAGUCGGACUGGCAGAUGGACCAGAGGCCGUCAGCCAGUGGACCUCACUCACCUCAUGACCAGCGCUCCCCUUUUGACUCACGUUCACCGCUGGGCCACAGAUCACCUUUUGAAUAUUCAUCAGAUCACAAAAGCACACCAGAGCAAAUGUGGAGCGGCCGCAAGACAUAACAGGACCAUCUUGGGCCCAGAGGACUAACUUCAGCUAGGCAGUCUUGCAGCAGUGGUAGCAGCCAUAGACUCACAAACACAGUAAAUGCCUUAUGUGGACUGUGGAUAAAAACAGAUAGUUGUAUGAAGCACUGUGUAUGCUGGCUCAGUGUGACUUCGGUUUCCAUUCUUUAAAGGUGCGGCAACAUAUCUCUGGAACUUGGAAUGGAGGGUCAGGGAUGGGGAUCAAACAAGGCAGCCGAUAAAAAUGCAUAUUUUUGUAUUUAAAGAGUUUAAAGCUGCACUGUGAGCGUUGCAGGAUGCAGCAUAUUUUCUUGUAUUAUUUUUCUAAAGUUUUGCUUUUUAAAUUUAAGAAAACGGACACAUUUACCUGGAGUGCUGCCUCACAUCCUCUUUCGACCCAUGACACUGGAUCUCUCAUUUAAAUAUUCUUGUAUUUUUUCUUUAUUGCCUAAAAUGGUUCUUCAUUUUAUUGGAUUGUGUUAAAUCAUUAAGAAAGUUUUUUUUUUCUCAUUGGUUGUGUUAAAAGUUGACCACUGGACAACAAAGAUUUUUCUUCCUGAACACUUUGGGGUGUAUUUUAUGGAUUUUGGGCUGCUGAUCAUGAAAAUCACCUUAAAAUGUUCCUAUCGCAUACCGUUUUGUAGAUAUAACCUAUUUUUGUGAUUUCCCAUCAUAUUUUAAGUCUACUAGUAUAUUACCCACAAACAAGCUGUGUUGGUCAGUCCCAGCAUGCCUGGGCAGCACUCAGUGUAGGUGCUAUGCAGAGGUUGUCUUAGGCAGCCUGGGCAUUCUGAGUCAGGUCAGAUGCUGCAGACAGGUUAUAGAAGCUGCUCACAUGUACACAUGCUGUUUGGACGCAUGUUGGUGCACAUGUUCUUCAGGCAGUAGCAUCGUGAGUAUACUUAACAACAGAAUGUAUUGUCUUCAGGAAGAUUUAAUACAGCAGAAAUGUCUCGUCAGUGUUGCAGCAGCUGCAGUACAUACUGUUACAUCUGUGGGGAGGACACGCUUAAGACUUAAAGACCCACCAUGACUGCACUUAUUAAGAAAGCCUUUGAGCUCUACUUCAGAUGUAACAUUGGUGACCAAGAGAAACCCUGGGCUCCCCACAUUUGU